ACUUGAGGGACGGAGACGCUUGAAGGGGCGUUGCGAAAGAGGGCGGAGAAAUCUCGAGGCGAGACCCGGAAGCGCUUUCGGGAGUCGGGCCUGGCGAGGGGACGGAGGCCGAGCCCGCAGAGAAGACCGAUAUGGCCGAGACUGACCCCAAGACCGUGCAAGACCUCACCGCUGUGGUGCAGACGCUGCUGCAGCAAAUGCAAGACAAGUUUCAAACUAUGUCUGACCAGAUAAUUGGCAGGAUCGAUGACAUGAGCUGUCGUAUUGAUGACCUGGAGAAGAACAUAGCUGAUCUCAUGACCCAAGCUGGAGUGGAGGAGCUGGAGGGCGAGAGCAAGGCGCCUGCCACCAAAACUUCAUCUUGCCAAUAAUCCAUGAUGGGUGCUGGAAAAAAACCUUUUUCAAGCCUACAGGGAUUUCAAGACAGCAUCUUUUUCCCAACUACUAAUGUGUAAAAGCAUUUUUCUACGGCUGUAGAACUUGCAUUCUUAAUGUACGUUGUAUAGCUAGAUUUGGAACAAUUUCUAUUCUGAUUUCUUGUGUAUUUGUGGGUUUCACACCCUUUUUUGAAUUAACACCUUCUAUAAACUUCAGUUAUUUAAACAGAAUUUGAUGGCAUUAUAGAAUUUGAUAAGAGCUGAACUAAAAGCUACUGACAUGAGUGGAUUUUUGUGAGGUCGCACUUUUUAAAAAAAUUCCUUUUACUUGUUGCCUUUUUGUAAUUCUUUUCACUGACGUGGCUAAAGACUUUUUAUGUCUGCACAACAAAUUUGUCAUCUGUUUGUGAGGCGCUUCUGUGGUGACGAGUGCAAGAACGAAAACAUAGUGUUCUAAAAUCUGUUGUACUCGUACGUUACCCUGUUAGUAAUAGGCUUAAUACAACAAGCAAUCUGCUCCAGGAAAUUAAGACUGCAUGAGGCAUAACUCUUCUUUUUAGGGUUUUUUUUUUUAAAUCAUUAGUCAGUGCACUUCGUGAUUUCAACCUGUGAUUUUGGACAAAUGAUAUAUCAAGGUCAUAUUUCAAGAAACUGCAGGCACUGCUGUCCCGGGGAAGGAAUUAUGCAGUUGGGAGAUACCCCUUUUGAAAGCCAGUUUAUUAUACCUGUUUGGACCUAUUAUAAUACAGGUGGGGUGGGGAAAACCACUUUAUUUUAGGCAUGGGUAACCUUACCCUUUCAGAUGAUGAUGUUGGUUUACAACUCUUAUUGUUCCUGACUGUUGGCUGGCUGGGACUGAUGGAAGUUGGGAACCUCAGUGGCAUCCAGAGGGCCACAAAUCUUCCUAUAUCAUGUGUAUAAGCCUCCCUGUACAACUUAGUGGUCACUGAAAAGCAAUCCAAGCACAAGACGCCAGUUUUUCAGCCAUGUCUUCAAUGACUGUGUUAAAAACCUGCAUCUGGGGUCUACCAUUAUUUGGCUGCAAUCCUAUGUGCUCUUACAGGGGAGUAAGCCCACAAACACACUUAGUUUUACUGCAGAUUUAAGCAUACAAAGUAUACUGUGUCUAGAGCUGUUUUGAGUAGACUUGUUACGGAGGCAGAACGAUUAAGAGUCUUGUGUAUGGAAUUUCUUAAACUCUGCACCAUUAGUCUGUCCUGCAGGGAAAUUAAGUGUUCCAUGCAGACUGCUUGGUUUGCGUUAGAAGUGGAUUUGGGCAUUAAGCUGCCACGCAUAGACGUUAGCAAAGCAAUUCUUCCUUCUAAAAUCAGAGAGAAGUGUCACUGGAACACAACAGUAUGUCUUCCUAGCCCCCCUUCUUCCCAAAUUUGAUUGGGAUGAAGAAUCCAACAUGGAUCAGUGAGGAUCCUUUGGUGGGCCUACCUGGGUUUUGGCUUUGUGGACAAAAGACCGCCCUACCUGCUUUAGGAUCUUGUCCUUCCCUGCAUUUUCAACACACCCGCCUUUCAGGUGCCUUGUGCCCACCAACACGAUUCCGCUGUACACUUUUAUAAUCUCUGGUCAACAGACCUUGCUGUUGAUUGAUCCCAGAGAAUGCAGAAAAGGAGGCACAGCCUUUUGCUACAAGUAGGUUUGAUUCUAGCAAAAGGUAGUUGUAAAUUGCAACCCUGUGCAGCAUACUGUGAAGCAAAUUGUAAUUGCCUGGCCAGGGGGCGGGGUACCCAGUGAAAAUGUGUUUCCUUAAGCCAGGGGUGGGGAACCUGCAGCUCUCCUCAUGUUGCCUGGACUACAUUUCCCAUCAUUCCUGACCAUUGGCUAUUGUCUGGGGCUGAUGGGCAUCCGGAGUCCCACAACAUCUGGAGGGCCAGGAUUCUUAAAACAGUGCAAUCCUAUACAAACUUAGAAGGAAGGCCCACUGUGUUCAGUGGGGCUUACUCCCUAGUAAGUGCAUGAGGAUUGCAGCUUACAUUGCAUGGGACAUUUUGUGGCAGCUCAUGGUUUGUACAGUAUCAUAAAGUCUCAUACAUGGUUCCUUUGGCCACAGUGAAUCUUAGCUGCUGAUAUUGAAAAUGCCCUCACGAAAGGACUGUCCCCAUGACAGACCAUGUUAUAUGGCAGUUGCUAUUGCAGUUUAGUGUCACUCUAGCACUCUGGCUUACAUGUGAAAGGGCUCUGCAAGACUGAUGCAAACUAAGUGGAAUCUCACCUACAUAGGUGUAGCGGGAAGAACCGCAACCAGUCCUUAAGAGGGCCAUCCUCACUGUCUGCAUCCACUGAUGAGAACAGCUGUAGGGGGAUUUGUGGAAAGCAUUGGGAAUACUUUUACUUAUUUUUCCCACCAGUAGAAUUCCUUUAUUCAAUUUCAGCAGGAGCUGAACAUUUGUUAAAACUCCCCAAGAAAUAAGGAGAGGAAGACAAGGUUGUCUGAGGUUAUAACAGUUGUGUGAAUAGCUGGAAAUUUCAUUAACCCCCACCUUGUCUGAAAGACAUACAAGAUCUUUCCCUCCCCACCCAUCAGCCAUUGUGCUUUAUCCAUUCAUGGCACUCCUAGAACAUCUCACGACUCGUGAUACGCGGAGCAUCGUUACUCAAGGUGUCAAUGAAGUCAUCGUAAGCUGUAUUAAGAAAGCAAAGGGAGAUUGUAAAAAAUGUAUCAUGUACCACCAGCGUUAAGACUUUUCAGGCUUGUUGUUAAAACUGUCUUAAUAAAUAUUCUGAAAUGGCUCUAAAAUAAAGAGUUGAUCUGUAUGUAGAACAUGCACUUCAAGGGUCUUGAAA